GCAGCAGCAUUCCAAUCUCUUCCACCUCCUUGACGGCGAACAACGCGUAGCCCGCCGCGUGCUCGAACAACACGUGUAUCAAAACCUGCGAAAGGCAAAGACGGAGCGUUAGUGAGCCAGCCUGCCAACUACUAAUCACAGGAGCAUGGAGGAGAGCCUGUUGAGGAGCGGAUGUGAGGGAGGACAGUAAAAAAGCUUAGGGAUCAGGAGAGGACUUGAUAUAAAGGCUGACUCGGACAAGCUGACGCUCAGACCGUUGGAGUUCUGCUCAUCUUAAAGCACACUUCCCCCACAAUAACUGACCAAGGCUGACACAACACACAACUACAGAGCUGUCUUGCUGUCGACGGAGCAGAAUGAGCAUGCGUGGAGCAGUGGCCGGUUGUGUGGUGCUGGUGUGCCUGGUGGCGCUGCUGGCUGAGAGAACAGAGGGACACAUCACCUUCUUCAGUCCAAAGGAGAUGAUGCUGAUGAAGGAGAGAGAAGGUAGAAAGGACAUGGAGCCUCGGUCAGAGGAUGGUCAGUUUGAAGAAGUCACCGUCCAGCAGCUUCCUCAGGUGCAGCAUGGUGGAAAUCCUGAUAAAACAGUGGAGAUUGCCGUCCGUCUUUCACCCAAACAGCUGGAUCACGUGGCUCCGAUGCUCGAGGAGAUCAUCCAUGACAUAGUGGAGGAGCGUCAGAAAGCCAAAUAGCGAGGCCGAAGACAUGAGUGGAUGAAUACGUACUGUGUAAAUUCUUCAAAAAGCACUGAAUGCUCAAAUGUUUUAUUGUAUUUUAAUGAAUCAGUCAAUAAAGGGAAGUCAUUGUGUCACUAA